AUGGGAAGUCUUGUCUCAUGUUUGUCUUUUGAAAGAAAUAACAAAAAGGGAGAAUAUAUCAAGAUGUUCAUGCGGGGUCGACCAAUCACAAUGUUCAUUCCUUCUCAUGUAGAAAACUACGAUGAUAUUAGGACAGAACUGCCUCCUGAGAAGUUAAAACUGGAGUGGGUAUAUGGGUAUCGUGGAAGAGACUGUAGAGCCAAUGUUUACCUCCUUCCUACCGGAGAAAUUGUAUAUUUCAUAGCAUCGGUGGUGGUACUAUUUAACUAUGAGGAGAGAAUUCAGCGACACUACUUGGGUCAUACAGACUGUGUUAAAUGUCUUGCAGUUCAUCCAGACAAAAUUAGAAUUGCAACAGGACAGUUAGCUGGAGUGGAUAAAGAUGGAAGGCCUCUGCAGCCCCAUGUUAGAGUAUGGGACUCGGUGAGCCUGGCGACGCUGCAGGUUAUCGGCCUCGGGACUUUUGAACGUGGAGUGGGGUGUUUGGAUUUUUCAAAAGCGGAUUCUGGUACUCAUUUGUGUGUAAUUGAUGACUCUAAUGAGCAUAUGCUCACUGUGUGGGAUUGGCAGAGGAAAUCAAAAAUAGCAGAAAUAAAGACUACAAAUGAAGUUGUUCUUGCUGUAGAAUUUCAUCCAACUGAUGCAAAUACCAUAAUAACAUGUGGCAAAUCUCAUAUAUUUUUCUGGACCUGGAGUGGCAAUUCGUUAUCAAGGAAGCAAGGGAUAUUUGGGAAAUAUGAAAAGCCCAAAUUUGUUCAGUGUUUGGCUUUUUUGGGAAAUGGUGAUGUGCUCACUGGAGACUCAGGUGGGAUAAUACUUAUAUGGGGCAAAACUACUGUAGAAUCUACUCCAGGAAAAGGACCUAAAGGAGUAUAUCAGAUAAGCAGACAAAUCAAAGCUCACGAUGGCAGUGUGUUCACACUCUGUCAAAUGAGGAAUGGGAUGCUGCUAACUGGAGGUGGGAAAGACCGAAAGAUCAUCCUGUGGGAUCAUGAUUUGAAUCCUGAAAGGGAAAUUGAGGUUCCUGACCAGUACGGAACAAUCAGAGCAGUAGCUGAAGGAAAAGCAGAUCAAUUUUUAGUGGGUACUUCACGAAACUUUGUUUUGCGGGGAACAUUUAAUGAUGGUUUCCUAGUAGAGGUACAGGGACAUACAGAUGAACUCUGGGGACUGGCAUCCCAUCCUUUCAAAGACUUAUUUUUAACGUGUGCCCAAGAUAGGCAAGUUUGUAUGUGGAACUCUGUGGACCACACACUGGAAUGGACCAGGCUGCUAGAUGAACCAGGGCACUGUGCUGACUUCCAUCCCAGUGGAGCAGUGGUCGCAAUAGGAACGCACUCGGGCAGGUGGUUUGUUUUGGAUGCAGAAACGAGGGAUCUGGUUUCAAUACACACUGAUGGCAAUGAACAGCUCUCAGUGAUGCGCUACUCAGUAGAUGGCACCUUACUUGCAGUUGGAUCCCACGACAACUUUAUUUACCUCUACAUAGUAACAGAAAAUGGAAGAAAGUAUAGCAGAUAUGGAAAAUGCACUGGACAUUCCAGCUAUAUUACACACCUUGACUGGUCCCCGGACAACAAGUAUAUAAUGUCAAACUCAGGAGACUAUGAAAUACUAUACUGGGACAUUCCAAGUGGCUGUAAGCUAAUCAGGAAUCGUUCUGACUGUAAGGAUAUAGAUUGGGCAACAUACACUUGUGUGCUAGGCUUCCAGGUGUUUGGAGUUUGGCCGGAAGGAUCAGAUGGGACAGACAUAAAUGCCCUUGUCAGAUCCCAUAACCGAAAAGUGAUAGCAGUUGCUGAUGAUUUUUGUAAGGUCCAUCUCUUUCAGUAUCCCUGUUCCAAGCCAAAGGCUCCAAGUCACAAAUACAGCGCUCACAGUAGUCAUGUGACAAAUGUCAGCUUCACCCAUAGCGAUGGUCACUUGAUUUCAACUGGUGGGAAAGACAUGAGUAUUAUUCAAUGGAAACUUGUGGAGAAGGUAACUCUGCCACAAAAUGACAUUGUCAUAGACCUCGGUGCAACCAAAGUGCCCAUCCCUGCCAGUGAAAAUGCUGUACAGUCUCCUGCACCUCUCCCACAGCCUUUUAACGAAAUGAACCAAAAUGAAAGUGUAGCUGGCAGCUCUCCGGCUUCUUUGGAGAGCAACUUGGAGCAGUCUGUGGAGGCCAGUGAAGAGCAGAGCGAGGAGCAAAGCGAGGGGAGCAGCCUGGAUCCUGCUGAGCAGGGCUACGAGGAGCCCUCCAAUGAGAUGAGUGAGGAGCACAGCGAAUCCACGGUCACUGAAGAGCAGCAAGAUAACUCACCGGUGUCUUAAUGCUCGCAGCUCAGAUGGUUGUUAUUUUCCCUUGGUGUGCGUGCUUUCAUUACAGGGUGAGGGUUCAAAUACAGAAAAGUAGCUGAGAUUCAUGACCGCUCCAGCUUUUGAGUUUCAGUGAGAUUUUUAGUCUGAGCUUCAGUUCAAUGUGUGGAAUCAUCCCAAUGGCCUGGCUUGAUGGUCUGUGUCAAGAUCUGGUCACAGUUAGUAGUGGACAUACCAUAGAUCCAUUUCAGUUCUGAAAAUGCUGUCAGGAAGUGGCAUGAAGUAUAUACUGGAAAAAAGGAUAGCUCUGAGAAUUAGCUGAAGUAGACCACCUUAACAAUGUGAAAGUGCUUUCUGAAAGAACUAAGCUGAUGGGAAGCACUGAGCUGUUCCAGCUGGGGAGCACUGUGCUGCUUUUUCCAGGUGCAAAGACAAACAAAAAAAAAAAAAACCAACCAAAAAGCUCUUUGUAGGGCUGUUUUCCUUUGUUUUUUCUUAGUGAGAAAAAUAGAGGAAAAACAAUGUAAUGAUGCCACAUGUAUGGCAAUGCCUUCUUGAUCUAACACAUAUGCAAUUUUCUAACACUACUAAUUCCUAGUGGAGUCUGGAUGUGCUCGCAGUUGGUCUGCCCUGGGUGCUGCUAGUUCUAAGGCAAAUCCUAUCAAGGAACGGUGUUGGCUGUUCCAUUUUCACAGACUAUUUAAUAACAGACUAACCGAAUACUGGCGUGUUUCACUUUUCAUGACCUGAAAGUUGACUUAAACUGUAGGACAUAAUGGUCUCUUCAAAGCAUUGCUUGCCUGAAGAGUUGGAAACUUAAGAGUCUUUACAGUGACUUUGAUGUGAUUGACAGAGAAAGCAUGGCAAGAACACAGAAGUCAGAUGGUCUCCAGAGUUAAACUUUAAGCCUUCAAGCAGAACUUGCUCCAUGACUAGUAGGAGAAAUAUAAAUACAGUUAACUUAAAUUAUUAAAUUGGUGCUUAGGAUUAGUAUAUUAAGUUGAUAAUGUUUUCUUCUGAAUUUUUAGAGAUCACUCUAAGAAUCAUUAAACUGCAGUCUCUUUUUUUUCCCCCCGACUCCUUUAGCAGUUGUGAUAGAAGCAUACAGUAAUUUAGAUGAUGA